AAUACUGAAUAAUAAUGGAAGCAUAACCCCAAAUUCAAAAUUCGAACUUCAGUCAGUUCAGUGUAUCAAAGCUCUCAGCAGUCAACAUUUUGAAAAGAACGAAGAAAAUCGUGCGAAAUGGAAGGCAGCGAGAGUGAGAAGAUCUUCGAUUCCUUCAACCUAAACCCUCAGUUAUUCAUCAACGAGGUUAUCAAUUCCGUCGACGACCUUGUCGACGAAGCCUUUGAUUUCUUCCAGCAGGAGGCAGCGGUUAAUCUGAAAACCGAGGGGACUGAUCGAUCCGAUGAUCUAAAAAAGGUUAGCAUGAUUCAGUAUUUUCGUUAUUCUGCAAUCAAGACUUCCAAUUCGCCAUUCGCACAAAUUAAGAGUUCAUUCUAUUGCCGAUGUGUCGAAUAGCUGGUGGCUUCGCUUAG